UUAAAAGGAGAGGUGGAAGAAGUAGACCAUAACUCACAGACAACAGAGAGACAACCAGUGAAUCCCUUGGAAGAGUGCAGAAGGAGACUAUCACAAUGGCGAUAUUGACCAUCAUUCUGCUUGUCAGCACAGCUUUUGCUCUGGGAGAUGCUACGAUACGACCCAAGACCCCAUGUGAGCGUGCUAGAGAUGCCGCGACACAUGGCCCAAUUGGAGCCUACAUCCCAACGUGUGACACCGCAGGACAAUACACCCCUAAGCAAUGUUGGGGCUCUGCAGGUUACUGUUGGUGUGUGACCAGUACCGGACAGAAGAUCCAGGGUACUGAGACUCCACCAGGCACUGCUCCAAUCAACUGCUAGCAACUGUUCCACCAAGGUGAAAGGUGUUGGAAUGAAGAUGUUGGAAAGAAGACGUUGAAAUGAUUGACAGUUGUCUUUACUGUACUACAGGAACUGAUUCACAUCCCAUAUAAACAGAUUAAAUGGUUGAAUUACUUA